AGACACAUUCAUGCUUGAUGUCUUAUUGGAUAGGGAUGAUUAGCAACUCCAUACAAAUGUAGCUAAACUUGUCUAAUUGAUUUAAUUUCGUAGAAUAAAAUUACACAUCAUUGAUUUAAUUUGCUUGCUUUUUUUUUUUUCUUCCUUGUGGAAAAAAGGGAAAGUGAAGAAGAAAUUUCUCUUUCCUUUCCAUGUGCAGUAGUGGACAUAGACUAGAAAAUAAAGAAAAUGACCUAAGAAAGGGAUGCCAUUUAAUUUCGUGAUACAGUUCUUCUUUGGUCUAUACAAUUAACCUCAUGAAUAUAGCAUCUUUACAAUUCAAUUCCAAAAUGAGCCUGCUGCUCAUCAGAAAAAACCUCUCAUCAGUUUUCCCCAUCCUAUUGAUCAUCAUCACCCUUUUCGUUGCAACCGUUCAUGCAACACGUUUCGAAGUCCGAAACCAAUGCCACUUCACCGUGUGGGCAGCCUCCAGACCCGGCGGUGGGAAGCAGCUUCUUCCAGGCCAAACUUGGUCCUUCGACGUGAACACGGGUACUUUCCCUGCCCAAAUUUGGGGACGGACUGGGUGCAGCUUCAACGAAGCUGGACGCGGCAAAUGUUUAACAGGUGAUUGUGGAGGUCACCUCAAAUGCCAAGAUUUUGGUCAACCGCCAUACACCAUGGCUGAAUAUCACCCCCAACAAUUUGACUUAGAUUUUUUGGAUAUUUCUCUGGUUGAUGGGUUUAAUCUUCCUAUGGAAUUUAGUCCCACGGGUGGUGGUGAUUGCAAGGGGAUUCGAUGCGCGGCUGAUAUAAACGGGGAGUGCCCUCUUGAUUUGAGGGCACCCGGUGGGUGCAACAACCCCUGCAAUGUCUUCAAUACUGAUCAAUAUUGUUGCAAUUCCACCAGAUGUGGCCCUACGAGCUACUCCAGGUUUUUUAAGGCUCGGUGCCCUGAGGCUUACACUUACCCUCUCGACAGUGACGCCACGUUUACAUGCCCUGCUGGCACUAACUAUAUGGUUCUCUUCUGCCCAUGAUUUAUUGAAUUAACGACAGGUCUUGAAUUUUUGAAGGCCGGAGCAGCGAAGUGUACUAAUUUUGUUUUUGUCUUUUCAGGAUAAUCCAUUGUCUUGUUAGUAUAUUUUUUGUUUUCAAGAACCCCUUGAUGUGGAUAUGUGCCUUACUAUCCGUGAGGCACACAUCCAUUAAUAAAAGUUCCACCCUAUUAUAGUUUUCAUAAUCCUAACUUUCACUUUAUAUCUUAUUAUUUGUGUUUUUUUAUGCAGUAAAUUUUAUAUUUAUUUCUGUUAAUGUAGAAUCUUUAUUUUCAAUGAAUAUAGCAUU